UUAUUUUGAAACUCCGGACCGGACGCAGCAGUGUGCGCUGAGCUGGCCGUUCAGGCUGUUUUCGGGCUGUUUGCUGUCGUCGAAGGUUUCUCUGUGACCGAGCGGAGAGCACGCUGUGUCUGCUGCUGUCUUCACUUCAACCCGGACUUUACAUUUUAAUUAAAAAACAAAAACAGAGUUCCCGCCUCUUUGUCGAAUCGACGUCAUGGACCCCGCGAGUCAAGAUAUCAACCUGAACUCUCCUAACAAGGGUCUCGGUGUGGAGCAUUCAGACAGCCUGUCCGACGUGCCGGUGGAGGGAGCGGUGGGGAACGUGGCCAACCCUCUCCCACCCGGCCUGACAGAGGAAGAGGCCGAGGAGCUCCGCACCGAGCUCACCAAGGUGGAGGAGGAGAUCAACACCCUGCGUCAGGUUCUGUCAGCCAAAGAGAGACACGCCACAGAGCUGAAGAGGAAACUCGGCCUCAGCCCGCUCAACGAAUUAAAGCAGAACAUCAGCAAGAGCUGGCAAGACGUACAGACCUCCAACGCAUAUCUGUCUGCCUCAGCCACUUUGGAUGACAUUGCCCACUCUGAAGCAUACAAGAAGACUCAGGAGACUCUCUCUCAGGCGGGACAGAAGACCAGUGCAGCUCUCACCACAGUGGGCACGGUCAUCAGCAAGAGACUGGGCGACAUGAGAGCUCUACCUUUCUCUAAUUCCUUUAGUAGCAACUAUUCCAUUCGCCACUCGAUAAGUAUGCCGGCCAUGAGGAACUCUGCGACCUUCAAGUCGUUUGAGGAUAAAAUGGGGAACCUGAAGGUGAGCUUUUAACAGGAGGAAUGACGUGACAUGAUGCGACUCAGUAUAAGGUCGUGGGCCCCAGAGGAAACGGGGACGCCGUCGGCUCCCCCACUGACACCACCCCCACUCAGGAGAACCCGCCUUUCUGAACGCAUCGCACCUCCUCCUCCGCCUCCUGCACCACCUCCUCUUCCUCCUCCUCCUCGCUGCCACCUUCCUCACGACCUGAGACUGUAUGUUAUCACCUCACAUCGCAGAUCCAGCCCUGACCUUUGACCCUCCACCACCUCACCGACUCGCCACCACUCACUCUGUCCCGAGGUCUGUAAACUCCGACAGGCGGAGGUGACGGACUUUCCCGCAGGCCCCAUCGCCUCCACCCUUCAGCCUCGCUGUUGAGGGAAAGGAAAAUGUUUUGUUGAUGUCUAAACCUGAAUCAUUUACACACCUCCUCCCCGCUAAUAUCCACACCCGUCUGUGAGUCCAACACUCGCCUCCUGCACUCCUCAGGCAGCUUUUUUUCCAAACAGGCUCUCACAUUAAAAAGGCAUUAAAAGAUGUCAGGUUCUUAAACGAUCAACUUCAGGGCUUUCUUAAUGGCACCGCCGCGGUGGUGCAUCAGAAAGGAGCUCCGACUCGAGAGUGUAGAAGCCAGGACGUCUGCAGACUGAGGGUGGAGGAGCAUUUUAUGGGCAUGAGCAAAGACGGUGGUUUAUACUCUACGCUCUCUCUUCUUUCCGACUUAAAUCACACACACACUUUUUUCACUUCCAGGUUAGAGGUUAGACUGGGAGGGCAGCAUCCAGCACAUUACUCUUCUUAGACCCACUACUGCUACAUGCAUGUGCAUAUCUCAUCUCAGUUACCAUACCGACCAUGCAAAGACGACCGAGGUCUCGUGUACCCCCUCACCCCGCAAAAAAAAAAAAAAAACCCAGGAUGUAAAAACAGAAAAAAAAACAACCUUAAACCAUUUUGUAUUAAAACUAUUUUACACUGCUUUGCAUAAUGUUUUUACAUAACUUUUAUCAAUAUGUAUAAAUAUAUAUGAAUAAAUAUAUUGUCACUGAUGCUGCUGAAUGGCAGUAGUCAGUGUGGGAGGUUUCAGAGAAAGCAGGUGGAGGUUCAACAAACUUCAAAACAAAGAAUCACCGUGGGUCGGUUUCACAGGCGUCGCAGCGUUUGUGAAACCGACCCGCUGAAGAGCCGCGGUCACUUUGAGACUGACUGAUCACGCCGAGGCAACGAGAACCAGAAUGAAUUGACAGACUCGGAUGCCGCCGCCGCCGCCAACAUUUGCAAGUCAAACUGAGUCAACCUGUCGACUUGAACGAUUUGAAACCGCUUUGACUGUUUUGUUCUCUUUGCCCCGGUUCGACUGCUGCUGCUCUCUUCCUGUUAACUCAACGUGAGACAACGCUUCGCUGUGCGUACACACUACCUGGUGAAUGUCGACGCUUCUCUAUCGGCCUUACUCACUUUAAAAAGGUUCACCUGUUUAUUAUUUAGCUGGUAGAAAAGAAGUAGUUCUUGUUGCUGUGUUUGUUUGUUUUUUGUCUUUAAGUUGUACAGACUGGUUUCAACUGAAGGAAAGGAAGUUAAAAAUAUUUAGACGAGCCACAAAAUGAGUCAUGGAAAACAGCCAGCGACCCCUUAAUGCACAUGAACACACUCCUGAACACACUAAACGCUGCAUGCGGCCAAACUGACACAAAACCGCUGCUGCCCUUCUCGUCGUGCCACAUCGUGAUAAAACUGAAGCUUUUACAAACUGCAACGUCGGCUCUGGUGGUUCGACGACUAACAAUGUGAAAUGUUUCCAGCCAAAAAAAUAAAUAAAAAAUCCAGGAAUUGUCAAAAUGUUGAAUCAUUUCCUCAAGGCGCUUUGUGUGUUGCCAAAAAAAAUCUCUCUCAGCCAUUAAAACGACAAUAAUGUUGCUCUAAACACCUCUGCCGUAAAUAUGAGUUGCUUAUAUGCUUAAAUAUUUUUGGAUCAUUAAUAAUAAUUCAAGCCAAAACAAAACUUUAAAACUGAAGCCGGCUCGAGAACAAACAAAAACCUCCCAGAGCUGCUGCCGGUGUUUCAUAACUUCUUCUUGUUUUGUUUGUGUUGAUCAUUUUUUUGGUAGUUAAUAUAUUCCUGUUAGGUGAUUUCUGUUUUGUUUUUUUGGCUUUUCCGUCUGUCAGGAGAGGUGGACUUUUUGUUAUUUGUACAAUUAAUUUGCCAUCGGCUUAAAAGAAAAGUUGCCAAUAUUUAAACAUCUGUUACAGAAUCUCUCUCUCUCUCUUUCCGCCUCUGGAUGUCAUGGAUACUUUCUGCUUCAACCAACACAAGCAAGAAAUAUUAAUCUCAAAAAUCAGAUUUCUCUGACGUUCACUCGCAGUAGCAGUGCUCAGUGUGUGAGGGGAAAAUCAGAUUUUAAGGUUGAGUUUAAUGUUUUUUUUGCAGUGUAGCUGUCGCCUGUUUAAAGCUGCAGUCUGUUUUUUUUUUGGGGAGACUGAUGAUGAUUAUGUGCUUUUUGUUUUGGGUGCCAAUGGGAAGCGCAGCACAUGACGAGCCCGCUCACAGCCAGCUGCAGAGGCUGGAGGACAUGUAGAGUACUUCUUUAUUCUAGCUUUAUUUAGGUCCUGUGUCGGGCUGAUGUAGAUUAUCAAAAGGGAUCAGAUUUGGAAGAUUAUGGUGAAUGAAUUAAAAAACACUUUUUGGUUUUGUUGUAUAUGUUUGGAUAUCAAUAAAGCAUUCCUUUAAAUGAA